UAGUAAAGUUUGAUACAUAUACAGGCUUUGGACAAGCCCAACCCAAUCCAAACUGUUUUGGGUUGGACACAUAAACACAUAUAGUAAUCAUUAGCUGUUAAUGGGCCGUAAUACUCUAAUCAUGGGCCUCUUGAGAAAUAUCACAAGGCGCACACUUUUGUUCAUAGAAACCGAAAAACCCUAAGCAGAGUUCGAAGCUAAGAAGACAAUUUGUUUCCUCCCGUUCUUCGAUUCGUCUCUUCGUUCCAUCACUCAUGGCUACCAUACCAGUAAACCCGAAGCCGUUCUUGAACAAUUUAACCGGAAAGACGGUUAUCGUUAAGCUCAAAUGGGGAAUGGAAUACAAAGGUUUUCUCGCCUCUGUUGACUCCUACAUGAACUUGCAGCUUGGAAACACUGAAGAAUACAUCGAUGGACAAUUGACAGGGAACCUCGGAGAGAUCUUGAUCAGAUGCAACAACGUUUUGUAUGUCCGAGGUGUGCCAGAAGAUGAAGAACUCGGAGAUGCUGAACAAGACUAGCCUGUGCCUGUGGACUUAGAAAUACCCAGUCUUGUUGUAUUCUAUGAGUAUCUUAACCCAACUUGUGAGAUUUCAGCUUUGCUUUUAUUGAAUCUUUUGAUAACCUCACAAGCUGUUUAGAUGUGUGACAAACCAAACUCCUUGUGGUUUUCUGUAAAUAGAAUGGAAUGCGUGUCGUUUUUUACCA